GUUUUUAUUGAAGCUUAGGCUGUCACGGGGGGAGAGGAAUUUUUCUACCGGGGUGGGAGGUAUUUGCUGUAUGUGUGAUCAGUGUGCAAUUGUAUUGUGUGUCAUUUCCUGUUGUUGGGUGUGUCUGCAUAAAAUCUGAUUCUGUAACAAAUAAAAUGGGCCUGAAAAAGUUUCAAAUUGUUUUUGACAACCCUUAUGCUACAUAUUUUAGUGAUCAGCAGGUCAGUGGAAGAUUAAUAAUUUCUGUAGAUUCCCCGAAGAAAAUUCGCGGAAUAGUGAUCCGGUUUAAGGGUGAAGCUGAGGUAAAGUGGCAGGCCUCUGAAUCACGGAAGAACGACGAUGGAACAUCAAGCAAUGUCACUGUCGAAUACACUGGGCAGGAGCAGUACUUUGAGAACAAGUUUAAUCUCCUUGGUGGUGGCACUGGGGAGACUAUCAUCCCGGAAGGUGAAAACACUUACCCCUUCGUUACUCAUCUUCCUCCCAACCUGCCGCCCUCGUUCGAAGGCGAGUUUGGUUUCAUCCGCUACACCGUCAAGGCGAUCCUGGACAGGCCGUGGAAGUUUGACCAGGAGGUGAAGGCUGCAUUCACAGUGAUCACGCCUCUGGACCUGAACACUCACGCCACUGCGAAGAACCCAGUGAAGCUGGAGGCAGAGAAGUUUCUGUGCUGCCUGUGUUGCAAAUCAGGACCCAUUUCCCUGGUCCUCUCCCUGCCGGCAAGUGGCUAUGUUCCCGGGCAGGACAUACCCUUCAUCAUAGAGGUGGACAACAACAGCAACACUGUCAUAGACUCCGUUGACUGCGUGCUCAGGAAAAAACUUCAGUUCCACGUGUCGUCCCCCUCGAGGGAGGUGAAGAGGGACAAGAUCACGCUGAACGAGUUGAAGCUUGACAGUGUGGCGGAGGGGGGAUCCAAAGUGUGGUCCGAAGCGUUCAAGCUGCCUCCGUUGCCCCCGUCAAACCUCACCGGCUGCAACAUCAUCGACCUGGACUAUGACUUGCAGGUGAUAGCAGUGAUCUCCGGACUACACAACGACCUCGAAGUGACGACCCCCAUCAUCGUAGGCACGGUCCCGCUGGUAGCCUUCCAUGAGGCUGGGGUGAGGCCGCCAACCGCCCCCAUUGUGACCGGAUGGGAUGGCAAGUCCGAGGGGAACGGCGUUCCCACUCAGACGGUGGCCAGUCCGGGCUGGGGCAGCCCGCAGCAACCCGGCGACCCGUCGCAAGUCCCACUGCUGCAGCCUUUCGGGGCCCCGGGUCAGCCCCAGCCGGGCCUCCCCUACCCACAGCCCUCUCCCCAUCCCUCCCCACAGCCCUCUCCCCAGCCGGGCCUCGCCUACCCGCGGCCCUACCCCCAUCCCUCCCCUCAGCCGGGCCUUGCCUACCCACAGCCCUCUCCCCAUCCCUCCCCUCAGCCCUCCCCCCAGCCGGGCCUCGCCUACCCGCGGCAGCCCGCCACAGCACCGGGGUUCCAGCUCCCGGGAGGCCAGCUGCCACCGUCUUCCCUCUACCCGACUAUGCCUCCUCCAACUUUUGAGCAAAGUCAGUACACUGCAAAGACCAUCCAAGACUCGGGCGACAACAAGUACACACAAGGAACCCAGCCGUUUGCCCCAAUGUACCCUGUGUACAACCUGCCGAUGACUACUUUGCGCAAAUAAAUGGCACCGUCAGCAGCACUUUUUGUGGAGACAUUUUUUGAUGCGUUUGUUUACCUUUUUAUUAGGAGUAAGACUAAACUGUUAGGCAGGUGGAAAAAAUUAAUUUUAAAAUCAUGAAAGGUGUUUUUGCAGCCCAUAGUUCAUGCAAAAUACAUUAUUAUUAUGUAUUAUUGUAAGAGUUGUGCAGUAAUGUUUUCAGCAAUAUCUUGAGUUAAGAAACUUUGUAUUAUUUAUGGAGCAGCAUGUUGCAGUAUAACUGAAAAUAAUCUUUUGAAAUUUUAGUUAAGUACCAGAUGAUGGUAUCAGCAUAAUCAAAAAUGCAUGUACUGCUUUUGUUUUUGCAAUCACGUAGUACUUUGGUGUUUUGCAUUUAUGUGCAUGCUAAAUGAACUACAAUGUUAAAUUGCAAUUUGUAGUUGUGGAUGCUUUUCCACAAUACAAUUUCAUAUGUAGAUUUUUUACAUUUUUUUAAUGUGUUAAAGAAGUUAUAUUUUUCCUAAAUUUUUCUUGUGUUUUUCUUUUACACUUGGGAGAAUAAUUUGUAAUUUGGUAGUUUAGGGAAAUACUUGAUUUAUAGACAUUAUAAUGGCAUGCUAAAAGACUAUAUAUAUAUUAAAAAGUAUUUUGCAUAGUUUUGUUUGAUGUGUAUUUGUUAUAUACAAAUAAGAUUUCAGCACUGAUUUCCAUGUAUGACAUUGCUGUAACCAUUUUGUGUGUGAUAAAAAGUAUAUUUGUAUAAUAUAGUACAGCAUAUGAUACACACACACACACCCACCCCUGAAGUAACACCCUAAUUCAUUCCCGGAAAACAGAGUGCUAAUCAAGACAACGCUAAUCAAAUUAUGUUUUUUCCAUUAGAGUGAAGGUUAUCAUAGCAAAUAUUUUUUCCAACCUUGAAAGUGUACUUCUUGACUAUCAUUUUAAUCAAGACACUGCUUUAAUUAAAACCAAGUGUUAAUUAUAUUUCUAAAUACAAAUAAUAAACGUUUUAAUAAACAUUAGCAUAACAUUACAUAAGUGUAAAAAAAUAACGAGCACAUUGUUUACAUAAAGGGCCUUGGGCAUAACAUUUUCAUACUAAAAAAGGCACUGUCAUCAUUUCUGAGUUACAAAAUAAUAAUAUUAAUAAAGACAUGUUUUAAUUCUAGUAAGAUAAACUUAACAUUGUCUGUUGAAAUAGAUUUUUUCAGUUUUGUAUUGUGUAUAAGGCUACACAAGUGCAGUUGCCAUUGUGCAUGCACAGAAAUAAAAAUUCACUAAGAUAAAAGAGUGAUACUUUGAAUCUGUGACUAUGCAAUUUCAAAUAAUGCCGUAAUUUAUUGGUGUUGUUACUUUAAAACUGCAAAUUGAACACUGUUAUCUGGAGGGGUGGUUGUAUUUUUAUUAUACGUUCUGUUACGUGGAAAUCGUGUGAAAAUUUUCUCGAAGUUUUCUAUAUUAGCAUAUGCAUGUGCCAGUGAACAAUGACCCCAAUCAUUUUUUUAUAAUUCUUAUUUUUGUAGUUUCAAGUGGCAGUUUUGUGUAAAUGUCAAUUAUGUUUUUCUAACUAUAUUUUUUGUCUUUAUAAAUAUUUUUUGUAACCACUAAUUGAGGAUCUUGUUGAAAUGCUUAGCUUUUGGUUUUUUUUCUUUUGUGUGUUAGUAUUUCUAAUUGCUAUUUGUUAACUUUAUAAUUUAUUCUGGUAUUUCAUUGACAAAUGAAAUAUUACAGUAUGUAAGAAUAUGCAAAUAUUCAUUACUAUUGAAAGUACCCACAGUGGCCAAGUUUUUACGCAGAGUGAAGAGGCUUUAUUAACGUGGAUUUUUUUUUAAAUCUCCUAUUUUGGUCUGUCAUUUGUGCAAAAUUUUCUUGAACUGUGUUUUAUUUAGGUAGAAAACAAACAACCAAACAAAAAUUCUUUUAUUAUUAUAAAAUUAAAACCUAUUAUUGCAAGGCUUGAGGCUACCGCAAUGUUUUUCGUUUGUCCUUCCAGGGCGACUGUGUCGUAUACAGUAAUUUUCCUCUUAUUUUGAAUGUCAAGUGUCCAAAAUCUUAUCAAGGAAUUCUGCUUAAAAGGUUGGAGUAGUAUUAUACUCUUGUUAUGAAGGUAGACAGUCCAAAAUUUCAUCAUGUUCUAAGUAAAACAGUAGAUUUGUAUAAAAAACACUAAUUCCCAGACACAUUAUAUAAUAAAUAAUUAUAUAUAUUCUACAUUAAUAAUUUUAAAAAAAAUUAUGUUGUAAGUCAUUCUACAUUUUAAAAAAAAAAUUUGAAAGCUUAAUUAAAAAUUUCAGAUGAACUGCUGACUGAGUUAAGUCAAAGUUGAAUGGGCCUAAUUAAUCAUUUAAUCUCUCACUGUUGUUUUUGUGUCUGUAAUAAUGGUAUACAGUAACUUCUUACAGUAAUGUUAUGUGAUUUGUUAAAAAAAAUAUAUCCUUAUUAAUUUAAGUUCAAACUGAGCAUAAUUUAGAAGGGCAUGUAAAAUUUCUCAAUGCCAAAAAACAAAAACAAAUGUACAGUUGUGGUAAACUUAAUGAAUGGCCAGCGUAUGGUCAGUUCUCUGUGACUUGUUCAGGAAAAGUGAAAAGAUAACUGGUAUAGCCACCAGAAGGCAGUCAAGUCAUAUAACACCAAAUGUAAGUUAAUACACCAUAAAGCACCGAACUGUAACUAUUAUCAUGAACUUAUUCAGUAUUUUCAGUCGAAACUCGAAUCAAGAAAACAUAAUAUUCAGUAUAUUAAAUUCAAUGAUUGUAAUGUAUUCAGCAUAUAAUUUUUAUAAAAUUCUAUGUUAGUAAGUAGAAUGAAAAAAUUUAUUUUACUCUUUUUCGAUCUUACAACUGUUAUCAGUAACUCAUUUUUACAUUUAACCAUUGGUACAUUUUUCAAAUAAGUAGUUGCAAAUUUAUUUUUAUUGUUCCAAGUGCAUCGCCCAUCAGUCAAAAUGACAUUGUUAUGGUGAAACAAAUAUCAUAAAAUAUUGUGUUAUGUGUUCAGUAAUAUGCUAUCUUUAUGAAUGAACAGAAUUCAUAAAAAAAUAAAAACAAAAAAACCAAAAUCUCCUGUUUUAAAAAUGAAAUUGGCCUAAAAAUAAAACCAUAAAAUCUUCUCUCUAUUAAUAACAUAACAAGGGGAAGAGAGUGGUGAGUAGAACAGUGAAGCACAUUGUGUUACAAUGUCACCUGCAUGCUUGCAUUUAUAGGGACACAAUGGCACUAAUAUUACCAGGUUUCUACAUUCUGGAAAUUCAGGGAAAAGCCAGGAAGUUGGAAAUGUCAGGAAACUCUGGGAAGUUUGUUGAAAUUCGGGAAGAUUCCCCAGUGAUAUUAAUUUGAGGGGGAAAUGUCAUGCUUCAGCCUGCCAGCGCCCAGACUGUGAAAGCGUUUAUUUUUUUCUGGAUUGUGUUUGUGCAUAGCAUGAUCAUACACAUUGUAAAAUGGCAUUACAAGAUUCUGUUAAAUAUAAAAAGAAAUAAAUUGGUGAAAGAAUGGCCGAGCUAUAGGGCUGGUAGAGGCUGGUUUUUCUUUAUUUUGUUUCAAAAAUUUGCAAACUAGAAAAAUUAUUUAAAAAUGUAGUCAGGGGGAUAUUUUUUUUUGGAUUAGGCAAAUUUUAUGACAGAUGUGUGUGGAUAGACAUUUUGUGUUGCAUGUGUUCAAAACCACCUCCGCUUUAGCUACUAUAAGUCUAAUAUUCAACUGCUGUGAUUUGACAAACAUAUUUUCUAUCAUUUUUCAAUGUGAUUUAAUUUUUUUGCUACCUUUCAUUUAUGUUCAAGCAUAUUUGUUCUGUAGUAGUAUGGGUGUCAACUGAAUAAUUUGCCUGUUACUAAAGAAGUUCACAAAGUUUAAAAUAAAUUUUUAAAUAUAGCUAUAGUUUAACACCUUAAUGUUAUUUUUGUAGACACUUUACCAGCUGCAACAUUUUUGCAUGCCAAUAGCUUCAAGAAAACUAUCAAAAUACUGUCUCCGGUUAAUGUUAUGGUGUCUGUAUGCUUAUAUUUUUAUCACACAACAGAGAUAAGACUGGGUUGUUAGCACUAUACUAAAACUUAACUUUAUGUGUAUUUUCAGUCAACCCAAUGUUUCGAUCAUGGCCAUAAAAUUGGUGUGUGUCCAUUUACUCUGAGUUGUGGUGGAAAGCUGUUUAUUUUGUCAUUUUGAAAGCUAGAGUACCUUUAAUUUUGUUGACAAUUGAUGAGUAGUUGUGGGAUUUGUGAUUCGUGUGAAAUAGGCAUUUUGAAAACAAGGGAAAUUAAUUUUAACCAAAUAUCCUCUCUUAUUGUGAGAUUAAAAUUUGUUUAUCCAAAUCAAACCUUUAGUUAUUAGUAAAGUAAUAAUUGCACUGUUAAUUUGAGUACUUUCAAUAGACUGUAUACCAAUAUUGUGUAGUUUUUGUGGUAUUCUGCAUGUGAUAUAUAAAAUAAUCCUUGUGUUAACAACAUAUAAGUGCCUGCUAAUGUCUGUUUCCUUGUAAGAGGCUUAAUGUAUGGCUCUUAGUUGUUAUUUACAAACUCUAAGUGUGCUGAAACUGAUGUUGAUAAUUAUGUACAUAAAAUGUAGUUAUUGCUUGAAGUUAAUAUAAUUAUUUUUGUACACAUGUAUAUGAAUAAAUUAGAGUUGUAUGAAUUUACUCAGUAGUGAAUUUGUUGAAGUAUAAUUAUCAGUGAUUUUAAAUUUUUGUGUUUUUUUUUAAUGUAUAAAUUAAUGAAUUUAUAAGUAUUUAAAAAAGUUAUGUAUGUGUAGUGUUUGAAAUGAAACCAAAUUUUUCCUUGAAUUGGCUGCUAAAGACCUCAUACUAUCAUACUAUCAUACCCUAAUAUAAUUAACAAUGUUCAUUCAUUAUUGUUUAAAACCUAAAAAUCCUACAUCACUUUUAAAGGAUCUUAACGUUCUUUUAAAUAUGAUGUUAGUGUAGAGCAUAUGGUCACUAUGAUCAUUUGUAUAUUUUGUUAUAAAAAUUUACUUGAAUUAUCUGUCAGUGGAUGAGUGAGUGUCUGAUUACGUGAUUAGUAAGCCUUUUCUAGCACAAUCCGAACUAAUUGAAGCUGUGGGCUGUUUGGAUUAGAAAAUCCUAUAUAUUUUAAAAAGCAAAAGGUGUUCUGAUUUGAAUGAGCAGUUAUUGAAAUUAAAAGCUUUAUCAUUAAAAAAUUGAUAUAAAAAAUACAGACCACUGAUAACUUAACAAUUAGUACAUGAAUUACAAAAUUAAUACUAACUCAUCUAAAUAUUGUGUUGCUGUUUAAAAUCAAACACUACCACUUUGAACAUUCAUUCUGUACUAAUAAAAAAUAAUGGUAAAAUUUUAGUUUAGAAAUCAGAGAAUUUCUUUUGAUUUGAUUUUGUAAAAUAUAAUUUCAUUAUCUAUAGUGCUUCAAUUGCUUUUAAUAACCAGUGUUUUGAUAAUUUUUGCCAUGUUGUUCCACUUGCUAAAAAAAUCUAGUUGUGACCCCACUAGGAAUUGAACAAGGAUUCCCUUGAUAGGGUAGUGAUCAGACCACUCUUCCACUGUGGCAUCUACAGAACGUUAGAACUGCUACACCAGAAGAAUUUCAUUAACAUUUGAUUCUAUUCCAGUAAUCAGUAAUUGUUACUUUUUUUUUUGAAAUUUUUUUUCUGCAAAUCUGUUUUAGUAGUUUUUAUUUGAAUUGAAUAUUGAAUUAUUCGUGAAUGUCAAAUAUUUGUUUUAAUAAAAUUUAAACAUACAGUAAAGGUAUUUUUUUUUUUAAUUUGUUAAAGAGUCCAAUAAAAAUUGAUUAAAUACAGUAAAAUGAAAAAAGUUUAAUAUAUAAGAAAACUUAAUGGCUGAUUUGAAAUCCAAGAAACUAAAGAUAAAAUACUAUAUUUUUAUGUAUAUGAUAAUAAUCACAGAUUAUUUGUUGGGAAUAAAAUACAUGCAUGAAAUAAAUCAAAAUUUCUGAAUAAUUCUUCUUGGCUUCAUGUUCCAUUUUUUUUAGUGGAAUUUUUUUUUUGUGACUAGUCCCACUUGCUGUAUAUAUUUAUUGAUGAUGAGUUAUAUAUCAAAGAAUAUAUUUAAAUUUAAAUUUUUAAUUGGAUUAUUAACUUACAUGGAACAUGGAAUAUAUGGAUGCUCACAGACUCAAUCAUUCUAAAGUAAGUACUACAUUGAAUAGGUAAAUCUUUUUUUGAACAUACAAAUGUUGUUUUAAGAUUUUUUGUCAUCAGUGUCCCAAAUUUACCUUAAAUUUUUUCUGGAUGUAAAUUUUGAAUAAUUUAAAUAUUUGUGGGGUUCUGAUUACUAGGGUUCUGCAAUAGUGUUCCCUAAUAGCGGGCGGACAGUCCGGUACUGGGUCGUGGGAUAUUACCUAAUUAAGGUGUAAAAAUUGCAUCAAAGAUUUAACUCAUGAUUUUUUAACCAAUUGAUUCUGGGCUUAUUUUAAUAACUAAAAUGCUUCAAAUAAACUAUCAGUGUGUCCGAUACCUCUCAUUAGUGAGUAUUAGACAGUUGUACUCUGGUGGUUGUGCGGGCUGUGGGGGUACUUCAGGUUGGAAACCAGUGGGCGUACCGCAUGUUUUAAAACACGCGGCUUACGUGGAUCUAGGCCAAGAGGAGACGGAAAUGAAGGGGCCCGCCUAGCCAGGGGUUAUCUGCGUUGGUGAGGCGGGAUUAUAAGUGUGAUGCUCGCUGGUGCUUCCAGCGCAAUACUGCCUGCAAGCACAAGGCUAUGGACUUGCGUACUGUCUUCUCACUGUGCUUAGGGAAUAUAAGAGAUAACAUUUUAUGGUGGAAAAAUUGAGAUAAAUUUGUAAUGCAAGGCCCUUAAGGUGCUAUCAAGAAUAGUACUGUAGAUGUUAAUCAAAAAAUUGUUCUGAAAACGCACAUUUUACUCUCCUAAAAAUACCUUUUAAAAAUGAAAUACGGACACAAUCCACCCAUAGUGCAAUCUUAAAUGUUUUCGUAGAUAGACCCCCACUCGGAUAGCUUAGGCAGUUUUCGAAUCGUGUGGAUUCUUGUGAAGCUCAGCACACCAUGUGUGUUCCCAGGUUGGUGGGCAUUCUUGUGAUAGUACUUUAGGAAUAUGUUAGCAUCAGAAGCAAAGGCUAGUGCUCUGCAAUUCUCAUGCAAAGUUUGAAUGUGGGGAUCCCUGUAGGAAAGAAGGAAGGUUUGAUGUAUUUGAAUUCAAACUGUGCUUCCACAUAAGUCUUCUAUGUUCAUUUUAUAAAUUGAAUACACUGGUGUGGACAAUUUGAUUGGAUGGUGUUAAAUAUUGUGGAUAUUUGUGUCAUAGUGUAGUGCCUUUUUUAUUGGAUUUUAUUUGUGUGCGUGCAUGUUAACACACGUGUGUUCAUAUUUCAUUUUUAUAGUUUUAUGUUUUUUUUUAUUCUGAUGUAUUUUAAUUUACUGCAAAUAUUUUGAUUGUAAUAACACGUGAGGUUUUGUUGUAAUUUUUUUUUUGUUUGUAACAGAUUGUUAUCAUUUAAUUUUUGCUUGUCAGGCCCCAAAUGUUAUCGAAGUUAAUACUUUAAAAAUUGUAUUACAGAAAUGUAACUCAUUCUAAACUGUAAAGCAUAAGGUAGUUGAGAAUAUGGCAAACAUGUAUGUGUGUUAUUUACAUACUUUGUUAGCAUGUAUGUAUUUUUUUAAAUUAUUAUUUAGGGUCCGCCCAUGUGGUCUAGUGGCUAGUGUGUUCGGCUGGUGGGCCGAGGGGCCCGGGUUCCAUUCCCAGCUGAGGCCCUUUCACCUGCAACCUGCGGAAGGCAAUGGCAAACCAUCACAGAAUAAUCCUGCCUUGGCAAACAUAGGGACAUCACGUCACUGUGGCGUUGCCGGUGCUCAUGACACCCAGUAAUGGGUAAAACAACUCAUCAUUUUAUUUAGAUUAACUGUGAUAUUUUUUGUUGCCAUUAGUGAUUACUUAACAGGCCUGUGUGACUGUGGGUUCAAGUAUAAUCUAAUAUCAAAACAUUUUUAUAAUUAAAUAUUAAAUUCAAAUCACAUUAAUGAGAUUAAUUUUUAAUUUUAUAAUUUUUUUAAAUUGUUUUGUAAUACUUCAGUCUUUUUUAAACAAAUUCUUAUACAUUUUUUAAUCAAAAGGCAACAAGAAUUUCACAUUAAUAGUUAUAAAUAUUAAAUUGCAACUAUUAAAAGAAAUAUUGUUUCAGAUUUUUAGGGUUUUUACCACCCAGUAAUUACCAAACUGCUUUGUUUUCUCCUUUCUGAACUUUAUGCAAUUCUUCUAUUUACCAUAAAUGUGUUGAAUUAAAGGCUGGCUAAUUAUAUUGGGCAUUUAAUUAACUCUUUAUGAGAGAUUUAAUUUUUUUAACUGUAUAUAGUUUUAUUUUGGUACAUAAUUAGGUAUGGUAUUUAAAACAAAAAAUAAAAAUAAAAAAAAAUUAUGGAUUAACACAUUACACUGGAUACAUACAAAUGUAUGCCUAUUGAUUAACCUGAUUGCAGCUUCACUGCAUUUUGAAUAGAAUCUCAUAUUCAAUACUUUCAAGUGUAAGAAUUUCAAAUCUAAGCCAAUGGAAAAUGAAUAGUAAAUCAUUGAUUUUGGUGUUUAGAGUUUGAAUACUUUCAUAGACCUAGUUAUUAAUGGUUAUUGUACUGUAAUGUGAAUGCAUUUUUUUUGCAUAUUUGUUUAUAACGUUAUUUGGUUAAUGUUGAAAUGACUGAAAAUUGUAUUUAAUAAAAUCAUCCAUUGACUGUUUAGUAAUUAAAUACUCUGCAUAAAAAACCAAUACAACUACAGAGUAAAAUAUUUGUGAUAUUUUGAAUAUUGUUGGAAUGCCAAUUUCUCCACAAAUACAAAAAUAUUUUUCUAAAGCCAUAUGUUGUGGUGACAUGAUUAAAAACUUAAAAAAAAUACAGUGCUCUCUAAUUGUAACCUGAGUUUAUAAAACAAUAGUUCUGUAUCUUUAUCUGUGUUCUUUGGGUAAAUAAUUAUACAAAAUCCUAUAACUGGUGGGCUUACUGAUACAUUGUUUGAUUUCCAACCAAAAACCUGCAUAUAUAUUAUACAGUAUAUAUAUAUAUUUUUUUUCUUUUUGCAACACUAUAGUUUAUUUAUGUAUAAACUUAAAGGGUAGUUGAAAUAGAUAACUUUAAUGUACGAGUUAAUGGAGGAAAAAAAGGUAAAAAAAAAACUGGAAAAAAAGAUUGUCAAAAAUUUCUGUUAAUUUAAGUAUGAUUAAAUUAAAUUAAGAAAUCUGUUAUCAGUUAAGGUUUAACAUAUACAAAGAUGUUUAUCAGCUUUCUUGUUUUAAAAAAAUCAAAUAUAUGAAAUUAAUGUUGUAUGCAUGACUUUAAUUUCUAGUUUGCAACUGCUAGCAGCCAGUUGAGCAAAGUGCUACCAUCUUUCAAUGUUUUUCCACACUAAAACUAUCAUUUCUGUGAUGCUAUUAGAUAGCAGUGGUGGCUCAUGGGAUGCAACCAAUAUUUUACUGUUGCUUUGCACCCGUGCCAAUAGCUUCCGCAAGAUGCUAUGGUAGUCUUGUUGUGCAAGUGUCCAUUAUGGCAAUGCUGGCACUGCUAACUAUUUGUCAACAGAACAUAUUUUGUUAUGCCAUUCUUAUGGAGAUGAUGUAGUAGCAGAAGACAUAUAAAUUCGUAUUGCUUUCUUGGAUAUACCAAUAAUUGUGUUGUGCAUUUAUUAAGUCUUGAUUUUAUUGACAGUACGCACAUGUGUAACCCACAAUUGGUCUAGCCUGAUAUUUCAGCGAGAAAAAUUGUUAGUGUAAAAAACUAUUGUUUUCGCUGCAACUUGUCUAGUGAAAUAUGGAGAAAAGUUGUUUGGAAUGAAGUAGAUGCAUGGAGUGAUGGUACAUUCAAUAGCCUGUGUACUCGAAACGGUGAUUCCUAAAUAUUUUGUAUGCAUACAUUUGUAACAAUUAUUAUUGUUGACAUAUUUGAAUAAAAAAUAUUUAAAUUUAUAA